GCGGGCGCAGGCGCGCGGCCGGCGGCGCCGCUCGCCGCAGUGAGCCGCGGCCCGCGACCCGCGUCGAGCGUGCCACGAGCGCAUGAGCGGGCUCGCGACGGCCGCCGCGGCGCCAUGAGCGCGCUGGCGCUGCUGCUGCUGGCGCUGGGCGCGCGCGGCGCGGCGGGCGGCUGCGGCGUGGCGCAGUUCGCGUGCCGCAGCGGCGCGUGCGUGCGGCUGGACGCGUACUGCGACGGGGCGGCGCAGUGCGGCGACGGCAGCGACGAGCCGCCGCACUGCUCGCCGUGCAACCGCACGUACUACGGGCGCGCCGGCGUGGCGUACGCGCUGGCGCUGCGCGGCGCGCGCGCGCCCUUCCUGUGCCACCUGACGUUCACGGCGGGCGGCGGCGCGCACGGCGAGCUGGUGCAGCUGGCCUUCGACGAGUUCCGCGUGGGGCGCUACGCGGCGGGCGCGCUGGACGGCUGCCCCGACGGGUUCCUGCAGCUGGCCGAGCUGGGCCGGCCGUUCACGGGCGGCUCGUGGUGCGGCGCGGCCGACGGCGCCGCGCUGUACUACAGCGAGACGGCCACGGUCACGGCCACGGUGAAGCUGUUCGGCGCGCGCGCGGGCGAGGCGCUGGCGCUGCGGCUGCGCUACCGGUUCCUGGCGCGCCGCGACGCCGUGGUGCGCUUCGGGCCGCCGGGCGCGCCGCUGGAGCGCGGCGCCGUGGCGCCCGGCACGUACUGCACGCGCACGUACGAGGAGUGCCACCGCAAGGCGUGCCGCCUGCAGAGCCCCAACUACCCGGGCAUGUACCCGCGCAACGUGUCGUGCUACUGGAGCCUGCGCCAGAAGGCCGUGCCCACGUGCAAGCACGCCAUGAUCUCCGUGCGCCAGCCGCUGGCGCACAAGAUGCAGAUCAAGCGCUCCAUCGCCAUGGCCAGCCUCAACAAGACGGGGCGCGCCGUCCGCGCGUGGCGCGACUGCACGGGCGAGCGCGACCGCCUCAUCUUCUACGACGGCGCCAGCACCGACGACCCCGUGCUGGGCGAGUUCUGCGGCGGCGACUGGCUGCCCGCCGUCACCUCGCGCGGGCCCGACAUGCUGGUGGCCUUCCACUCGUCGCCCUACAGCGCGCCGCCGCGCGCCGCCGCGCCGCUCGCCCCGCUGCGCGGCUUCGAGCUGGACGUGGCCGUCGUGUUCGCCGACUCCGACUCGCUGGACUACGCGCGCGAGGCGCGCCGCUGCGAGUUCCACGUCAAGGCCUCCUCCUCCGAGGACGAGGCGGCGCCGCGCGGCCGCCGCGGCCGCCUGCGCGCGCCGCAGCACACGCUGCCGCCCGACACCACGUGCAGCUGGACCUUCCACGGCCGCCCCGGCGACCUCGUGUGGAUCUACUUCUCCAGCUUCACGCACUACCCGCUGGCCGAGCCGCGCCGCGACGCCGCCGCCGCCGCCUGCGCCGUCGAGCUGCGCAUCUGGGACGGCGGCGGCGCGGGCGAGGCGCCGCUGCUGGGCCGCUACUGCGACGCCGCGCCGGCGCUGUGCGCGCGCGCCGCGCUCGCCAACGCCACGCGCGCGCCGCGGCCCUGCGCGCCGCCCGACGGCUACGUGUCGGCGGCGCCGCUGCUGGCGCUGGCCGCCACGUCGCGCCCCGGCACGGCCACGCACCCGCUCGCCUUCUCGCUGCACUACGAGUUCGUGGACGCGCGGCUCGAGGGCGCGCCGCUGCCCAUCGCCGAGUCGCGAGUGCGCGCCGAGCCGCCCGAGUGCGCGCGCCGCCUCACCGAGCCGGGCGCCUUCGCGUCGCCGCGCAACGCGCUGUGGUUCGGGCGCGGCGGCGCGCGGCGCCUGCGCUGCGUGUACCGCGUGCAGGCGCCGGGCGCGCGCGUCGAGCUGCGCCUGCUGGCGGCGGCCUUCGGGCGCGCGCCGCGCUGCUCCACGCGCGUCGACGCGCUCACGGGCCGGCCGGAGUGCGUGCCCGACGCCGACGCGGCCGACGGCGCCGCGGCCGACGCGCCGCUCGCGCUCGACGCGGCCGACGACGCGCCGCGCGCGCCGCACCUGCGCCUGUGGGAGGCGCCGUGGCCCGGCCACCGCGUGCCGCUCGGCUGCAUCUGCGACAACGCGUCGGCGCCGCUGGCGCUGGCGGCGAGCGGCGGCGCGCUGGAGCUGGAGCUGGCGGCGGCGGCGCUGGCGGCGGGCGAGGACCACCGGCACGUGCACUUCCGCGGCGAGUGGCAGCGCGCGCCGGGCCCGCCGCGCUGCGCCGCGCGCCGCCGCCUGGCGCCGCCGGGGCAGCGCCUGGAGCUGCGGUUCCCGUACGGCGCGGACGCGGCGUCCGAGUGCGGCGAGGCGCCGUUCCUGCUGCGCGCGCGCGGCAACCGCUCCGUGUUCCUGCGCGUGUGGGGCGAGCGGCUGGCGGCCGGCGACGCGUGCGCCACGCCCAACCGCGUGCUGGUGUACGAGGCGGGCGGCGCGCGCCUGCUGGCGGCCGUGUGCCCGGGCGGCGCGCGCGCCGUGCGCCUGUUCAGCGCGGAGUGGGGCGCGCGCGCGGGCGGCGAGGCGGCGCUGCUGGUGGUGUGGGCGGCGCGCGAGGCGGGCGCGGCGCGGCUGGCGUGGAUGGAGGUGUGGCGCGCGGGCGGCGACAACGCCACGGCGGGCUGCGCGCACGCGUGCGCGGCGCUGGGCGCGUGCAUGGCGGGCGCGCUGUGGUGCGACGGCUGGGCCGACUGCCCGGGCGGCGCGGACGAGGCGGGCGCGUGCGGCGCGGGCGCGCGGCUGCUGGCGGCGCUGGGCGCGCCGGCGGCGGCGGGCGCGGCGGGCGCGGCGGGCGCGCUGCUGGCGCUGGCGCUGCUGCUGGCGCUGGCGCUGCGGCGGCGGCGCGCGCGGCGCGACGCGCGGCUGCUGGGCGCGCUGGCGGGCCGGCGGCUGACGGAGGAGCUGCUGUGCGACGCGUCGCGCGCGUCGUGCGCGUCGUCCGUGGCGUCCUGACGCCGCGAGCGCUCCGUCGAGUACAUCCACGUGGACCGCGAGACCACGGUGUGACGGAGCGCCAGCUGACCCCUCACUGCCAACGGACCGCUAGUGGCCAGUAGCGAUCCCGUCGUGUAAAUACGUGUACAGUGUGCCACGCGACCGUCGCGUCGCAGUGCGCCGCGCCGCGACGGUCGCGCGCUGAUCUCUUCGAGUGUUCGUUUUGUCGUUAUGGUUUUCUGUGACGUGUAUAUUCUGUGAAAUUUCGAUGAACAAUCCCGUCCCUCGUUUGACUUUUGUUGUGGAUCGCUAAUAUAUAUAAAUAUAAAUAAAUAUACGAUAGUUCAAACUCGU